AUGUUAACUCAUCAUGAAUUAUCAGGAUAUCAACCAAGAACAUUACCUGAUAAAAAUAAUGGGCGAUAUGCUUAUUUACCAAUCUUUCCAACGGCAUUGGUGGGUGUAGAUGAUUGUCUCCUUUUGGCUAAUGUACCCGAUUGCAAUUCAAUCUAUUGGUGUUUUAUUCCUCUACGUUGGGAGGAAGCACUGGCAGAUAAUAUUGUUUAUAGACGAGGAGCUUCUAUUGGAAAUCCAGAUUUGGCCUACAUCAUGGCCACCAUGGCCGUAAAUAAUGAUCGUGUUGCGCAAUAUCUAAAUCCAGUACCAUUGCCACCAGCUGCCUAUGUCUUUUCAUAUCGACAACUACAAAGACAACGAGAAUUUUUCGAAAAUAUUAUCGGUUCUUCCAUUCAUCAACUACCCUAUGGCUUAGUUGAAUUCUCAACUGGAUUACCUCAUCCAUUCAAUGAUACACAUGAAUGGGUUCCUUUGGAUACAUCUGAUCUUCCAACGAAUGAAUUUGAACGACAAUGGGUGUUAGAAGAAAUGACAAAAUUAUUCACACCAUAUCCAUAUACAAUUAUCCCAAAUAAGAAUGAUAAUCAAACCAUACAAUCUGAUGUGCAUCCAUCAAACAUUGGCCUACAUGUAUUACAACCCAUCAUUCAUGAUCAGCAUAGUAUGCUUGAUAAUUUAACCCAAAAUUCGAUCAAUGCAACCGACAUGGCCAAUGCUACUCAUCAUGAGCAUUCUAAAAUGGAUCUAACCUUCACCAGUUGGUUUUAUCUCAUUAGCUUAUGUUUAACAUGUAUCGGGGUUGGUUUGAUGGUUUAUGUGGCCGUAUCUAAGAACGGCGCAUCUACAUUUUGUAAUUUCUUAUUCACUAUGCCAGCACCUCUCACCUCUCGUUUUCACCAACAACAAAAACGUCCACAGCAAGUGGAACAAGGUCGAAUCAGAGGUGAAUUCCAUGAUCCACCGAAAGAAUUACAACCAACCAUGACAUUGAUUCCAACGGAUCUGGUUUAA